AUGGUCACCGGUGGCACCGGUCUGGUGGGCUGUGGCAUCAAGGAGUUCGUCGACACCGACCCUGAGGCCCAGAAGAACGAGGAGUACAUAUUCCUCAGCAGCAAGGAUGGCGACUUGAGGGACAUGGAGUCCACCAAGGCUAUUUUCGAGAAGUACAAGCCGACCCACGUCAUCCACCUCGCCGCCAGGGUGGGGGGAUUGUUCAGCAACCUCAAGUACAAGGUGGAGUUCUUCCGCGAGAACAUCCUCAUCAACGACAACGUGAUGGAGUGCUGCAGGAUCUACAAGGUGGAGAAGCUGGUGUCCUGCCUGUCGACGUGCAUCUUCCCCGACAAGACCACCUACCCCAUCGACGAGACCAUGGUGCACAACGGCCCGCCGCACACCAGCAACGAAGGGUACGCGUACGCCAAGCGCAUGAUCGACGUGCUCAACCGCUGCUACAAGGGCGAGUACGGGUGCAACUUCACAUCGGUGAUCCCCACCAACAUCUACGGCAAGGGGGACAACUUCUCCAUCGAUAACGGGCACGUACUCCCGGGGCUCAUCCACAAGUGCUACAAGGCGAAGCAGGCGGGCGAGGACUUGCACGUUUGGGGCACCGGGAGCCCGCUCCGCCAAUUCAUCUACAACGUCGACCUUGGCGCCCUGAUGAUCUGGACGAUGCGCAACUACCACGAGGUAGAUCCUAUCAUCUUGUCGGUCGGGGAGGAGGACGAAGUGUCCAUCGCGGACGCGGCGAAGAUGAUCGCGAGCGCGAUGAACUUCGAAGGGAACGUUGUCUUCGACACCGACAAGUCGGACGGACAGUUCAAGAAGACGGCGUGCAACGACCUCCUCAAGAAGAAGAACCCUGACUUCAAGUUCACAUCCAUGCAGGACGGACUCAAGGCGGCGUGCGACUGGUUCUGCGAGAACUACGAGACUGCUCGCAAGUAGAAGACCAUUUUUGGGAGAGAAACUUGGUGGUGUUUGCUCGUAUUCGGCAUGUUGACGUCACGUGCGUUGGAGGGUGUUCCGGAAGGGGUACAUGUGGUAUCGUACUUGCGUUGUCCCGUACGGCAUGUGUUUGGCCGUCUGUUAACGAGAGGUCGGGGUCCCCCGCACUUGUAAUUUUAGUGUGUACGUUCGGGAGCAGGGUGUGUGAAAAUUCGCAAGAGGCUGUUAGCGUUGGCGGGUGUGGCUUGGCGACUGCCCCUGCAGCCGUCGUCCCGGUGCGUUCGGUUGAUCAUCGAAUGCAGGGGUGGGUAGGAGUUUGCCGCGGCAUAGUUUGAUAGUCGGUCAAAAACCGGAGUAGGCGCCCUGCCCCGGGGCGGCCGUGGAUGAAUCUCGGCAUCAUGAACUGGCGUGAGCGCGUGUGUGUCGCCGAUGCAUUCCCAGGAGGAUGUCGGUGGUUUUUGGUCCGCAUGGCAACGGCAGUUUUCCUAAAGAUUCAUCCCCUGUAACCAAUAUCUGCUAAGAGCUAGCUCUCUUGUUGGUCAUUGUCGACGGAUUUUGCACCAAGUUAGGUGGUUGCCGCGCAUAAUUUCACGAGUUUCGCGC